CCGGCCGCUUUCCGCAGCCCCCAGCCCGCUCCGCUCCUGCGCCCCCGAGCCGCCUGCACCAGCCACAGCCGCCGCCCCGGGCCAGCAUGAGGGAGAUCGUGCACAUCCAGGCGGGCCAGUGCGGCAACCAGAUCGGAGCCAAGUUCUGGGAGGUGAUCAGCGAUGAGCAUGGGAUAGACCCCAGUGGGAACUACGUGGGAGACUCCGACCUACAGCUGGAGCGGAUCAGUGUCUACUACAAUGAGGCUUCCUCUCACAAGUACGUACCCCGUGCGAUCCUGGUGGACCUGGAGCCCGGGACCAUGGACAGCGUUCGAUCGGGGGCAUUUGGACAUCUCUUUAGACCUGACAACUUCAUCUUUGGUCAGAGCGGUGCUGGCAACAACUGGGCAAAGGGGCACUACACAGAGGGUGCUGAGCUGGUGGACUCUGUCCUGGACGUGGUGAGGAAGGAGUGUGAGAACUGUGACUGUCUGCAGGGCUUUCAGCUCACCCACUCCCUGGGCGGUGGCACUGGUUCGGGCAUGGGUACCCUCCUCAUCAGCAAGGUCCGUGAAGAGUACCCCGACCGGAUCAUGAACACUUUCAGUGUGGUGCCUUCCCCCAAGGUGUCUGACACGGUGGUGGAGCCCUACAAUGCUACCUUAUCCAUCCACCAGCUGGUGGAGAACACGGACGAGACCUACUGCAUCGACAAUGAGGCCCUGUAUGACAUCUGCUUCAGAACCCUUAAACUGGCCACGCCCACCUACGGUGACCUCAACCACCUGGUCUCCGCCACCAUGAGCGGCGUCACCACCUCCCUGAGAUUCCCUGGCCAGCUUAAUGCUGACCUGAGGAAGCUGGCAGUCAACAUGGUGCCCUUUCCUCGCCUCCACUUCUUCAUGCCAGGCUUUGCCCCCCUCACAGCCCGUGGCAGCCAGCAGUACCGAGCCCUAACUGUCCCCGAGCUCACCCAACAGAUGUUUGAUGCCAAGAACAUGAUGGCCGCCUGUGACCCACGGCAUGGACGCUACCUGACAGUGGCCACAGUCUUCAGAGGCCGCAUGUCCAUGAAGGAGGUGGAUGAGCAGAUGCUCGCCAUCCAGAGCAAGAACAGCAGCUACUUCGUAGAGUGGAUCCCCAACAACGUCAAGGUGGCAGUCUGCGACAUCCCACCCCGGGGGCUGAAGAUGUCUUCCACUUUCAUUGGGAACAGCACGGCCAUCCAGGAGCUCUUCAAGCGCAUCUCAGAGCAGUUCACCGCCAUGUUCCGACGCAAAGCCUUCUUGCACUGGUACACGGGCGAGGGCAUGGACGAGAUGGAGUUCACAGAGGCAGAGAGCAACAUGAAUGACCUGGUGUCAGAGUACCAGCAGUACCAGGAUGCCACAGCUGAAGAGGAAGGGGAGAUGUAUGAAGACGACGAGGAGGAAUCUGAGGCCCAGGGUGCCAAGUGAAGCCUCUAGAGUUGGCCUGUGUCAAGUUUCUUACCAUGAAGGUCAAGCUUCUACAGCACCCUACUGUCCAGCGUAGUCCUCCAUCUUCGCUACCUGUUAGCUGAGUACUAGACAACUGCUAUUUAGUUGCUUCUGAUUAAGGGUUCCAAAUUUUAAAUCCUUCUGUAUUUACUAACCAUCUCCCCUCCCCAUCCUUGAGUUAGCGCAGCUGUAGCCCGUCCUCAUGACUCUGAUCAUGUCGAUGACCCUGAUGUUUGAUUCUUUUUUUUUACUGGUUUGUGUCGAUUUUUUAUUUUUUUGGAAUACUUAAUAAAUGUAUUGCUGUCCAGUA